UGUGGUAGCCCAAUAGGCAGCGCCCAGUUUGUCCCUAGCGGCAUGCCGUCGAAAUUGCUCAGUCCAGUUCAACAACAACUUUCCAUGUGCGAGGACCUACAUGGACGCUUGUGGACCUCCACGCUUGUGUGGCCUGCCCUAGAACUUCUACACUGACAUACGGGCUUGUAAGCAUUUGGAGACCGUUUUUCCCUAACAACUCCCAGAUGUCCCAACUCGACACAGGACAUGAGUUUGUCUAGUUGUCUGUCUGUCCUGUCUCUCUCAGCCCUGCUCACCCUGGCCUUGAUAACUUGUUUACACCUUAGCUACCUGUCUGACCAAAAGUUGUCACUGAUAAAGUUAACUAGCAAACAACAACCAGAUGAGACACCAAUACACCUAUCAGUAAGACCUGGUUUAGAGGAAGAUCCAGCAACAAAACAGGCCGGUGAGAGGGAGAUAGUGAACCUCCAGAGGGGUAGCUCCCAUCCAGCCCCCAGCCACAGAUUGCUGUGGGAAGGCUCCCAUCCAGCCCCCAGCCACAGAUUGCUGUGGGAAUUCCCCCAUCCAGCCAUCUCCAGUGGUCCCAGAGAGGCAGAGUGUAGUAGGGUGACCCUGGAGAGCCGCUUUGACUGCGCCCGGGACCGAGUUCUGAGCCAGACAGAGUGUCAGGGGAGAGGGUGCUGCUAUGCCCCCCUACCUCAAGGCCUCUCUGGAGGACCCCCCUGGUGCUUCUACCCCCCGUCAUACAGCGGCUACAAGAUGGGGCCCCUCACCCCCACUUCCAGGGGCCAGGCUGCCACCCUUACGAGGCCCACUCCCUCCUACCUACCCCGGGAUAUCUCUAAGCUCCGGUUGGAGAUCCUGGAUGAGACAGAAGGCCGACUGCACCUCACGUUGAAGGAUCCGUCGUCCCGGCGAUAUGAAGUUCCUUUAUCCACUGCCCAGUCCAGGGGUAACACUGACACCCAGGACCACCAAUAUGUCACUGAGUUUCAACCCGACCCUUUUGGGUUCAUAGUGCGCCGAAAAUCCAACGGCCGUGUCCUUGUGAACACCACAGUGGCCCCGCUGCUGUAUGCUGACCAGUACCUGCAGCUGUCCACCUCCCUGGCCUCCUCACUGGUGUCUGGGCUGGGGGAACACUACACCCCCCUCAGCUUGGACCUUAAUUGGACCUCCCUUACCCUUUGGAACAGGGACAUGGCGCCCCACGGCGAUGCCAACCUUUAUGGCUCCCAUCCGUUCUACAUGGUGCAGGAGGGGGAUGGACAGGCUCACGGGGUCUUCCUGCUCAACAGUAAUGCCAUGGAGGUGGUGCUGCAGCCUAGCCCUGCUCUGACCUGGGUGACUGUGGGAGGAAUCCUGGACCUGUACAUCUUCCUGGGCCCUGACCCUCAGAGUGUUGUCAGACAGUACCUACAGGUUAUAGGGUACCCUAUGAUGCCUCCUUAUUGGUCACUGGGGUUCCACCUGUGUCGCUGGGGUUACCGGUCCACUAACGCAACCCGAGAGGUGGUGCGACGCAUGCACAACGCCAACUUCCCCCUGGACGUGCAGUGGAAUGACCUGGAUUACGCAGACAAGCGGCGGGUGUUCACCUUUGACCCCCAGCGCUUUGUGGACCUGCCAGACAUGGUGAAGGAGUUCCAUCAGAAGGGCAUGAAGUACAUUCUCAUCCUGGACCCUGGGAUCAGCAGCACCAGCCCCCCUGGUACUUACCCACCCUUUGAUGAGGGUCAGCGGAGAGGGGUCUUCAUCAGGAACUCUACAGGACAGACACUCAUAGGGAAGGUGUGGCCUGGUCCGACAGCUUUCCCUGACUUCACCAACCCAGAGACACAGAGCUGGUGGGAGGACUGCAUUCGGGAGUUCCACUCCAGAGUCCCACUAGAUGGCCUGUGGCUUGAUAUGAAUGAACCAGCCAGUUUUGUGCAGGGCUCUGUGGAGGGGUGUCCUGACAGUGAUUUGGAUAGCCCCCCCUACAGUCCACCGGUGAUUGGAGGACAGCUGAACACUGGUACACUCUGCAUGUCAGCUCAGCAGAACCUGUCCACUCACUACAACCUGCAUAACCUCUAUGGGCUGACGGAGGCUAGCGCCACCCACAGUGCCCUGGUGAAGGUCCGGGGGUCGCGACCCUUCGUGCUGUCCCGCUCCUCCUUCCCUGGCAUUGGCCGUUUCUCCGGAGUCUGGACGGGAGACGUGAGGAGCGACUGGGAGCAGCUCAGAUACUCCAUCCCUGCGGUGCUGCUGUUUGGCCUGUUCGGGGUGCCCCUGGUGGGGGCGGAUGUGUGUGGGUUCGGGGGGGACACCACAGAGGAGCUGUGUGUACGCUGGACCCAGCUUGGAGCCUUCUACCCCUUCAUGAGGAACCACAACGACAAGCCCAAUGCUCCCCAGGAGCCCUAUGUGUUUGGUCAGGAGGCCCAGACAGCCAUGCGUAGCGCGGUGAUGUUACGUUACUCUCUCCUGCCGUUCCUCUACACACUCUUCUACCACGCACACACCUCCGCAGACACUGUGGCCACGCCUCUCUUCCUCCAGUUCCCCUCGGACCCUAACUGCCAGACCAUAGACAGACAGUUCCUGUGGGGGAGUUCUCUGCUCGUCAGCCCAGUGUUAGAGCAGGGGGCAGUGGAGCUGGCUGCCUACCUCCCCCCGGGGACUUGGUACAGUCUGCACAAUGGCCAGCCGUUCUACAGUAAGGGUCAGUACCUGCUCCUCCCAGCCCCUCUGGACACCAUCAAUGUCCAUGUGAGAGAGGGACACAUCAUCCCACAGCAGAUACAGGAGCCAGGCCUGACUACCUCAGCUUCUCGCAGUAACCCUUUCCUCCUGACGGUGGCGCUGUCUGCUGGGGGCUGGGCCUGGGGUGACCUGUUCUGGGACGACGGGGACAGUCUGGACACCUUCCAGAGAGGAGACUACUCCUAUGUUAUCUUCAUCGCUGGACAGUCCCAGGUGAUGAGUGACCCCCUGAGUCAGAACGGGGCGCUGGACGGGCUGGUGCUGGGAGGGCUGCGAGUGUUCGGGGUGCCUUCCCCACCCCGCUAUGUAUGGGCCAAUGGAAAGAAAGUGUGGGAUUUCUCUUAUCAGACUGACACCAAGGUUCUGACGGUGACCAGCCUGGCCCUGCCCAUGUCAGAGGUGUUUGAAGUCCUGUGGACCUUGUGACCCUUAUGAACUGUAUGACUCAGUGGACUCUGACCCAGUAGAUAGCCUCUCAGGUGGUUCUGGAACUCCUGACCUAGCACAUCUCUGACAAAAACCUCCACCCAACGUUUCCCCUCAAUCACUGCUACCCUGGAUAAGACAUUGCUCUAAUAGACUCCUGGGUUUCUGAAUGGACAGACUACACUGAAGAAUUUUUGGAAAUCAUGUUUUUAUAUUCAACUAUAUUUUCAAUAAAAUUAUGUGAACUGUAUGGGUUAAAGCUCUAUCAGAUAUCUCUCCAUUUCCUUGUUGUUGCAGAUGAGUGAUUACAUGACAUUGUCUCAGGUGAGAUGCUGAGACAGUGGUGUGAAAUUGAGAAUUGUGGUCAUUCUAGAACACUAGGCCGAAAUGUAUUGUUGUUUUACUAUUUUAAUUUGUCUGUAAGAAUAUAUAAAUAUAUUUUUUAAAUAUUUCUAACCUUUUAUUUAAUUUGUUAAGCACUUUUGAAAUGCAUCACCUGUAAGAAAUGUUCUCUAUAAAUAACAUUUGAUAAAUUGAUAAAGCUUGUGCUGAGGAGGACAGCAGUGGCUCUACACAAUUAUUUGUAUUAAUUGAACAUCUAAAAUUGACCAGAAUAUGGCCAUUCUGUACUCUUCUAGUAUGAUGGUAGGCUGUGUGUUAAGUCUCAUCAAAUUACUUCCAGUGAUAUUGCCACAUUGUUACCAUUAAAGGCAAUUGAUAGCUCUGGGUUUGUUUCUCCUAA